ACAACAACAACAACAACAACAACAACAACAACAACAACAACCACCAUUCCAAUCCCCCUUCCUCCUGAUCCAACAAUUGAGGAUACACCUCUGAUGAUAUGUGUGGACAUUAUAUUUGUUAUUGAUGUUUCAUGCUCAGUAGUAAAGCAAUAUCAACGACUAGCCAUUGGAAUAAUAGAAAGCUUCAUCCAGGAAGUAAAGUUCAAAGGUGAUGAGACAAAAGAACCAACAGAUGAUUUGUCAAAAUUGUCUGUUUUUAGGGUUCCAUUUGCCAAUAAAGAAUCAGAAACUGAAAAAACAGUUGGCAGCAUUAUAGAUUUUAUGUCUGCAUUCAGUCCUGAUCAGCGAUAUCUAUCUAACGUUGCCAUUAUACCUUUUCAUGAGACAAGCACCAAUACAACAGUGCCAUUUCAAAAUAAUCGAAGACAACUGCAGAAAGGUCUUAAACAAAUCAUGAAAUAUGAGAGGGUCUGUAAAUCAUUUGGAGACAGGGCCUAUGACAAAGCUGCAGAGUUCUUUGAUGCUAUUCCAAAAAGAAAUCGAAAUGUUGUAGUUGUAUUUGGUGAUGGACGUAAUACUGGUGCUAAGCAUCAAAGAUUAUCUGAACAAGCAAUGGAGAGGUUAAAAUCUGAGCAAAAUGUGGACGUUAUAUGGGUUGCAACUCCGACUAAGAUUUUGAAAACUUCCAAAACUGCAUCAGAGCAAGCAGCAGAAAUAGCACGGGGACAGGAACACAUCAGACGAUAUGUGAAAAAAACGCAAAUAUUUGACAUAAGAGAUAAUGCCUUAAAUACAAAACUAUUUCAGCAUUUUUCUGAAAAUUAUGUAUGUGGAAACUAAACAUUAGAGAGAAAGUGCUAACUCUCAAAAUCGAAUAGUUCAAUACCGUAGAACGGUAUUUUGAGAUCCAAAAUAAUAAAUGAAAAU